UGACCUACUUUAAACCAGAUACCUACUUUUAAUCUCACCUAUGUAAUUGUAGUGCAAUCAAAUAUACAUUCCGUUCAUUUGACCAGUGCCGUCUUUAUUAACAUCAACAUCGGAAGGUUUAGAGCUAGAUAACAUAAUACUCAGUCAAAGAGAAUUUUCUGGUUUUGUUUAGUGAAAUGGACAAGGUUAUCACAUCAUUUGUGCAAUGUUCGAUUUCCAGAGUGGUAUUUGAAGUUCAAGAGAAUCCUAUAAUUAUUAUUGCAAGGUCUAACUCGAGACGAAAUAUCCCGGACCGAACUAUAUCUAAGAAAUUACUGUAGGAGGCGACCUUACUGGUGGAAGGUAAAGUUACCAGGACAAAACGAGAAAGGACGUUCUUGAAGACAGGUCUAAAAAAAGCAGGCGACCCAACUUGCAGACAAAUAAAUCAACGAUGGCUGUUGUAACGGAUAUUUAUAGGGGCGUCAAUAACUAUUUAAAUAAAUAUCAAGAUCCAAGAACUGCUGAUUGGUUCUUAAUGUCAAGUCCUUUUCCAACGUUGGGAAUAUGCCUUUCAUAUGUAUUUAUAGUUAAGGUAUUAGGUCCUAAAUUGAUGGAAAAUAGGAAACCUUUCAACUUAAAAACUACAUUAAUUUAUUACAAUUUCGCUCAAGUUGUGUUUAGUAUAUGGCUAUUUUAUCAAAUAGGAAUCUCAGGAUGGUUUACGGGUGAAUAUAGUUUUAGAUGUCAGCCAGUAGAUUAUUCCAAUAAACCAAGUACAAUAAGAAUGGUGCAUGCAUCAUGGUGGUACUUUUUCUCAAAAUUUACAGAGUUUCUUGAUACCAUAUUUUUUGUCAUGAGAAAGAAAAACGAUCAUGUGUCAACUCUUCAUGUGAUCCACCAUGGUAUUAUGCCAAUGUCUGUAUGGUUUGGUGUUAAAUAUACACCAGGUGGUCACAGUACAUUCUUUGGAUUCAUCAACACUUUUGUUCAUAUAAUCAUGUAUACAUACUACAUGUUAUCUGCUAUGGGACCACAUAUGCAAAAAUACCUCUGGUGGAAGAGGUACCUCACUACAUUCCAAAUGGUUCAAUUUGUGGCAAUAAUGAUACAUGCUUUCCAACUUCUCUUUAUCGACUGUAAUUAUCCAAGGGCUUUCGUAUGGUGGAUCGGUAUGCAUGCUGUCAUGUUCUUUUUCCUUUUUAAAGAAUUCUACAAUCAAACUUACAUUAAGAGAAGACUCAGUGAAGAGAAGAAGCAAAAAGAAAUAGUCGCUAAUGAAAAGAAGCAGAAUGGCUACACAAAUGGUCACGUCGAACAUAAUGGCGUCCACAAAAAUGGAAUCAGCAAUGUUAGUGAAUAUUACGUUAGUGGAACAUCAGAUAUCCACAAGAGGAUAAAUUUAUAGUGAUAUUAGUUUUAUUAGCUCUUUUAUAAUAAUUCCAAUGAAAUGGACGAAUUUACUUAAUUUAAUUGUGGUGAAUGACUAGUAAUUUUAGGGAAAUGAAAAAGGUUUUUUUAAGGAACAGCAAGCACCUGAUAAACAACUGUGUUCAAAAAUUCAGAGUGUACAAUGUAUGUGACAAUUAAUCUACGUAAUUACAUACCCAUUAUAUUUGUACUUUUGUAUAAUUUUACGCAACAAAAAAUUCAAUAUGUAGGUCUUUUGUCACAUACUGUACCCUGUUGUUUGGCGUUAUUUAUCUGAUAUAUUGAUUGCCACGUUGAAAACUAUUGAAUUUUCUAGUAGCACAAUAAUUAAUAUUGCAAAAUAUGACAAAACUUUAGUAAAUGUAGUACAAUCAAUCAUUAUUAUCAACUUGUGCCUUUAGAAAUAAUAUACCUCACAUAUAUGGUAGUAAGAAUUGUUAUAUAUUAAUUAAUCUAUCAGUAAAUAACGUCAAAUCAAAAACGACUGUAAGCUCUUUCCAUUAAUGUAGUUAAUACUAUGCUACUUAUUCUAACAAAUUUUGUAUAUUUUUGAUAAUUUGCUUUUGCAUUUUGGCAAAAAAUAUACAAACUUGUUAUAUGACAUAUGUCAAUUAUCCAGAGUAAAUUUCUCUUUCACAAGAUGUAUUACAAACAACCAUCAAAAAAUUUCUUUAAUUUUUUUUUGUAAUAAUUUUCAAGUAAUUAAUUUUGAAGUGAAGUCAGUUCUAGCUCAACAAAAAAAUGGAAAAAUUCCUCUCAUAAUCAGUUCACAGUUCAAUCAAAUCUAAAUAAAUUCUCAAUAUGAACUGAUUGUUGCUGGACAACAAUUUUGUUUAAAUCUUGAAUGAAUCGACCUUAAUGAGAAUAUAUUUUUGUAGAAAUCCUGCAGAUAAUAGUAAAGAAAUAACUAUCAAUAUAUAAGUUCUUAAAUACUUACCAAAGACCUGUAGUAUAUACAGAUUAAGAAAGUAUAUACAGAAUAGGAAUUAUGGAUUUUUGUUACCAUUCUGAUCUUAAAUACCUCAAUUUCUAUUGGGCAAACUGACUUUUCUAAUAAAUAAAGUACAGUUGUCUGGCCCUACUAGACACAAACUGGCAAUACUCAAAAUCCUGUUCAUUUUGGUAGAACAAUUUUCAAUUUUUUAAUAAUAAAAUAUUUGAAUUAUAGGUUCUUAUAAUAAAUGAUGCAAUUUCUCAAUUAUUUGGAAGUAUAAUUCUGUAUAUAAGAGAACUUUCUAUCAAAUUUCUGUUCAUGUAUCAAUAUUAAUUUAUUUUUGAAACAACAAAUCUGGUCAACAGUCACUUCGAUUGGUAAAUAAAUAGAAUUUCAAUUAUUUUAAUCACAUAGUGAUAAAAUAAUGCCUUGAAGCAACGUUCUAUGCACAAAAAUUAUUUACCAUAUUAUUUAAUACCUUUUCCACUGCUUGAAAAUUUUAAUAAUCAAUGUUACAAAUUUUUAAGUAUUUACUAUUAGUAUCUUUAGCAUGACAUGGAUUGUCUUUUGUAAUUUCUUUGUCUAUAUAUAAAAAACUAUUUGAUUAGUUAUUACUAAUUUGGAAUUUUAGAUAAAGAAUAAUAUGAAAGAGAAAUCAGUUGAAAUCAGAAACAGAUGGGCUUUUGUGUAACCAAAAUUUUGUAUUUGUAUUUUGUAUAACCAAAAUAACAACUUCGUUAUAUUUAAUUUAAAAAUAAAAUUUUCCCACACUCAGUUAUAUUUUCAUACAAAAGAAGUUGAAUAUGAAAUCGACGUUGUUUUACCCAUCCAAUAACCAAAAAUAUAGUGCCAAUAGCAGUAUAGAAAUGCAGUUAAACAAUGUGACAUUAUAAAAUAAACGGAAUUGCUUUUUUGUCCGAAGACAAAUUUUACGAAGGUUUGAAAUUUUCUAAAUGAAGUUUUCCCAAUAGAAGUAAGAAUGCUAUGUACAAGGACAAGGGCGUCGCCAACCAAUGGCCAGCAGGUGGCAAGUUGAUAUGGAGGAUGAGAAAAGUACGAAUUGUAGGUAAAAUCGAGAGCACAUGAAGGUUUUCAUUUGUAGUAUCAGUUUUACAUCUACGGUACAGAGUGUAACGUGUAGAGCUACACGUGUUAUUAAUUGUACCAUUAAAAUAAUAGUUGAAAAUAAAUUAUUACAUUUAUUAGAAAAAUUAGAUAAUUUUGAAGACUUUGAUAGAAUUACAUUUGAUAAUUUUCUUGGAAUCUCUAGAGGGGGCAGCUAAUUCUCCCUGUGCCUUUUGGUGACGCUCUUGUACAAGGUGUAGCUGGAAAGAAACUGAAUAGAUAUAUUAUACAGAGUAUCCACAAACUGUAGUAUCAAAUGCAAAUUAUAUAUGCUACAUAUUGUUUUAUAUCAAAAUAAUUAGUAACCUUUAAUCAAAAGUUAAUUUUUGAAGAUGAUGUUGUCAAAUCCGUUUUAUUAAUAGUAUUUAGGCUAAGCUACUACGUAUAAACAUGAGCGUGCAACGUAGAAGGAUUAUUGGGUAAAUUUUGUAAACAUUUUAGUUCUACUUUGAAACUAUAAGGUAUUUUCAGAAAAAAAUACCAUCAAAUUUACUUGUUGUUCCUCCAAGAUGAAGCACUUGUUUAUCAAUAAAAAACAAUUUAUCUUCGUAGGUUUAUACAAUGUAGCAAGAGUGGUUUUCUAAGUAGCAUUUUAUCUGAGAUAUUGUUUAAAAAUUAUCAAGAUAGCGUCAUCUUCAAAGGGAGCCUCGUUAGAAAGAUCUUUUCCAUCGAGAUGUAGGUUAUAUGAUUAUACAAUCACAUGUGGUAUCUGUAGUUUGCAUUUGGCAGGAAAAUUUUCUUAUAUCUUAACCAGGGGAUACAUGGAUGCUCAUAUAAAUAUAAGAAGUAAUGAGGUAGAACGAAUAUUAAUUACUAUUUGCUGUGAUAGGAGAAUUCAAAAGGUGUGAUGCUAUGAAGUCUAUUCCCAAACUAGUAUGGAAUUUGCAAAAGAGACGGUAACUUGGGAUACUAUUCAGAAAGGAUCAAAAUUUAAUUUACAGAUGCUUUUCUUGUAUAUAUGAAACCAAUAAAAGAAAUGAUGAAAAAUCGCUUGAAACAAUCAAAGGUGUUGAAAACAAUUUUGGAAAUCAGUAAAGUUGUAAAUAUAACAUUUUUACCGGUACUUACAGUGUUUUGAAUACUUCCUUCAUUUAUGCUAGAUUAUUAGUAUUAACCCAUUAAUGUUCAGAACUAUAAAAAUAUUUUAAAAUGGCUAAGAGUAAAGAUUUUGUGCUGAAAAAUGAUGAGAUAUCUUUGAAUUGUACUAUAUGAUAUUGAUCGUGCAUCGUUAAUGACCCCUUGGUUACUUAUGAAAAUAUAAAAAACAAUUCAGGAAAUUAAUCAAAACAUUUAUCAUGUAAUAGAACUAGAUCUUCUUUUUGUCUGUAUGCAGAUUACCCAGUUGGAUCCUUUAGAAAUGGUGCAGUAAAUAAAAUCCCCUUAUGUCCAGGAAUUUUUGGUUACUUUAAUUCCAUACAUAUUUCUUUUGGAAACACUGAAAACUCUCGCUUAAAAUGAAAAUAGUUUGUCCCUUAUCCCUUUUUUCAUUAUUUUUGCUCUAACUAAUUUACUUUUCACAGUUCUGUUUUCCCAAACUUUUCCUGGUGCUCGGAAAUUUAUCCGACGAAGUUCAUAUAUCAACUCCGCCGAUCUAAAGUACUUAAUAUAUAAUAAAAAACGUUAACCACGAUAUUUAUUGUGAAUAUAAGAACAAAUUUUACCACUAAUUAUUCCCGAGGAUAUCGACAUAAUGUACAGGGGGUUACGUAUAUACCUUCGGUAAGAAUUUGAAAACCAUCCAUGUCUAAAUUUUCGGCUUCUUCUGGCAGUUCAGCAACUGAAAUUUGUUUCUUUCUAAGGAAAAACAGAACUGUGACUAGUUAAAGAUCCAGCGAGCAGAAACGGUUCAUCAUUCCUGUAUAUCGUACUCAACAGCACAAGUAAUGACACUGCAUAAUGCCCCUUGGGCGUUAAUGGGUUAAGCUUCAUGGUCUAUGAAUAUUUAUAACAAAAUCGGCAGAAAACUAGUAAAACUUUCUAAUUUUUGAAAAAACGGAUGACUAGAAUCCACUGAGCAAGAUACUUAGUUAAUGAUGUGGAUAGUAACUACCAGUACUUAUUAUAUAGAUUGUAGCAGGUGAAAUAAUCAGUUUUUAGGACGAUUUUUUUGUGGUUGAAAAAUGAACUACGUUACAUUGUAUAUUGUUACGAUCCAGGCAAGCUAUUAUUGGAUAAACUAGCAUUUAGAAACUAUAUCUACGAAUGUGAUAUUUUGUUGGAUAAUUGUUUCAAAUAAAGAACCUAUCCUUGAAAUUCUGAGAAAAAAAUUUGAAAACUGAGCGAAUUAUUGAAAUAACUCGAGAGUUCGUUUAAUAUCAUGCAUUUCUAGUAUUUCUUUGUUUUGUUUCACUUGGUUCUAACAUAAAACAGCAACAACUGUGAUAUUUUUGAAGCAUUCGAGUAGUUUCAAAUGACGAAUUGAAACAUUUACAAUAUUUUAGUAAUUAACUUUCAACUUUUCGUUUAUUUAAUACAUAUUUUAAUCACCAACAGUAAAUUUUAUCAUUUACUUAGGAAUAUUAGAUGUUCUAAGUUCUUCUAAUUAAUAAUUCUUCUUGAAAUAAUUGUUUUUGAAACGAUAUAAUUGUAUGUUGAAUUGUUAAUUGUUUUAUAUACAUUAUUUCAUGAAAAGGUAUGUUAAACUAUUGCUUUCAAACUUUUUUCUCAGUGUAUUAUUUUUCACUAAGUAGGUGCUAUUGUUAAUGUAAUAUUAUUGUUAAUUGUAUUUUUUUAGAUAUUUAUUCCACGUUUCAGUUCUGGAAACGUAAAAAAAUAUUAAAUCCUACUAAAGGGGAGUUGAAAAUAAUAAAAAAGUUGUUAAAAUUUGAUUAAAUUUACAAUUUUAAAAUGUUUCUGGUAUAUUCGAUAUCAAUUGUACCUUAUUGUAUUUUUAUACUCACCAUUUGAAUAAAGAUAGUGAAUAAAA